AAGAUUGACAUGAUAUAACGGCGGAAAUAACUUCAUAUAAUAUCGAGCGCAUUUUUCUAUGCUUUUAGCAUAUUUUCUUUUAAUCCCAAUUGUUGAUGUUUCAUGAACACUGUGGUGUGAUGUCGAUCAAUUUACGAUGUAAUGAAAAGAAUUGAUAUCGUCGCAUUUUGCAAUAGUCAGCAUAAAAUCAAAGAGUGAGAAAAGUCUGAUAUAAACUGAGUGUAUGUUUCAAAGGAGGAAUGAGCUUUAUAUAAUAAAGAUUUUGAAGUGAAAGAAAAGAGAUAAUUUACGUAAAAACCUAGUGAUCAACAUGAUUGAUCCGGAUUUACCAGAGAUACCAUUACCUCUGAAAAGUAUACAGCACUAUUUAAAGAUAGCUUCAAAUCAUGACCAACGAGAUCCUGUUGUUAGUUAUUGGUGUCGAUUAUAUGCUCUUCAAACAGGAUUAAAAUUGUCAACCAAAACGCCAAAAGAAACAAACUUUUUGAUGAAAUUGAUGGAUUGGUUAGAAACAACUAAAAAGGAAUUACACGAUAAUGAAGCUAUUACAAACGAUAUAGCCGCUCAGGCUCAUUUAGAGAAUUGGGCAUUGAAGCUCUUUCUUUUUGCAGAUAAAAAUGACAGAGCUGGUAAUUUUGGAAAGAAUGUAGUGCAAAGCUUUUUUACAGCUGGAUUACUUUAUGACGUGUUAACUGUGUUUGGGGAACUCAAUGAAGAGGCUACGCAAAAUAGAAAAUAUGCCAAAUGGAAGGCUGCAUAUAUUCACAAUUGUAUAAAGAACAAUGAAACGCCUAUUCCAGGACCCAUGCAAGAGGGUAAUGAAAAUGCUGAUUUGAAUAAAAAUAUGGAAGAAGCAGAAGCAAAAAGAGAAGAUGCAUUAAACACAGAUGAAUUAGAUGUUACUUCUAACCCAUCUGGUACAAUACAUGGUACAACAGUUAAAAAGAAUAUGGAUGAAUGGUCUUCGGAUAAUAAGGAUUCCAAUACCAUUCCAAAAACAGAAAGUGGAGCUGAACUGUCAGUGGAGGAAAUCGGUAAAGCACAAAAAUUUAUUAAGUGGGCCGGAAGUGCUUUAAAUUAUGACGAUGUACCUACAGCUAUAUUGAAUCUUCAAAAGGCUUUACAUCUUUUAACCACUGGUCAAGAACCAGCAUGAUUAAAAUUAAGCUUGAAAAUAUCGAUGAAACAGUAGCGUAAAUACGAUUUAAUUGAUGCAAAACGUAAAAAUAAUAAGUUAUUUAUUUGGAUUGUUACAUUAUUACAGCCACGCCAAAUUAAAGAUAUUUUUGAAUU